UCUUUCGCUGUCAUUACAUGACAAACUCUGACCAUACUCUGAACUGGCAGCGUUUACACCACACGCGUUUCUGAUCGGCUUCUCGGAAGAUGGAGGAUCGCGCGCGAGCGCUCUUUUCUUUCGGGAUAAUCGCGGACGUCCAGUUCGCAGAUAUAGAUGAUGGGACGAACUAUCGGAGGACCAGAAGACGCUUCUACAGGAACAGCGUCGCGUUGCUUCGGGACGCGGUGCGGCACUGGGAGGAGACGCGCGUCAGCUGCGUCAUUCAGCUCGGAGACGCUAUCGACGGACACAACAAGAGCCGCGACGCGUCGGAACGAGCGUUAGACACGGUGAUGGCUGAGUUCGAGAAGAGUUCGGUGGACGUGCAUCAUGUGUGGGGGAACCACGAGUUCUACAACUUCAGCAGGGAAACUCUAAUGGCCUCUGCGCUGAACAGCGCGGGGAAAGCCGGAGCCGGAAGUGACGAACUCAUCGCGGGCGACAUUUACGCGUAUGAGUUUAGCCCCGCCCCCAGGUUUCGAUUCGUGCUUCUGGACGCGUACGACGCGAGCGUCAUCGGGAGAGACGCGAGCAGCGAGAAGCAUCAGCAGGCCAUGAAGCUGCUGCAGAAACACAACAGCAACGCGGACCUCAACCAGCCGCCAGUGUGUGGGCUGGAACAGAGGUUUGUGAAGUUCAAUGGAGGCUUCAGUGCGGAGCAGCUUCAGUGGCUCGACCGAGUCCUGACCCUCGCGGACCAGAGGCAAGAGAGAGUCACGCUCUUCAGUCAUCUCCCCGUUCACCCGGAUGCCACGGACUCCAUCUGUCUGGCCUGGAACUACGAGGAGCUUCUGUCGGUCCUGCGCGCUCAUAAGAGCGUGGUGAUCUUCAUCUCGGGACACGAUCAUGACGGAGGGUUCUGCACCGACCCGUCAGGCGUGCACCACAUCACACUGGAGGGGGUGAUCGAGACGCAGCCCGACACCAGCGCCUUCGCGACGGUGUACGUGUACGAGGACCAGAUGCUUCUCAAGGGCAGUGGAAGAACCGCAGACAGAGUCCUCAAAUAUCCAUGAGAGAUUACUGUCGAUGAAGGAUGGCAUUAAAACAAACAAACACCAUCUGUAUGAUCAUCUCAGUCUCUGCUGUCGCAUCUGAGUUUCAUUAACU